AUGGCACACAACAAAAUCAAGAAAAUACCUAAUUUAAAUGUUUUAGGAACUUUGUUCUUUUUAGAUGUAUCUCAUAACUGCAUCGAAACAAUAGACCCAAGCUUUCUACCGAAAUCUCUUCAAAUCUUCAACAUGGCAAAAAACCCCUGCUGUAAUGAAGAGACAAUAAGAAAGAUAAAAACAGUUCUGCCUAUUUUGGAAGAACUAAACGAUGAGAGAAUAGUUGAUAAUGACUCUGUAAAAAAACUGGACAUGACAGAAAUAUCAGAUGAAAAAGUUGAGAACGAAUCAAGAGACAUAAGAUUGUUCGCAUGUGAUAUCUUGAUUAGAUCACAAGGCAGAGUUGAGAAAUCAAAAGUUGAACAUUAUCAGAAAAUGCUUGAAUUGAAUAAAUACAAAUUUCUCAAAAAAACUAAUGAAUAA